AUGUCGACGUGGGGUGAUUACUUCCGGGUCACCACUUACGGUGAAUCGCACUGCCGCUCCGUCGGCUGCAUCGUCGAUGGCUGCCCCCCAGGAAUGGAACUCACCGAGGACGACAUCCAGCCCCAGAUGACCCGGAGACGUCCCGGCCAGAGUGCUCUGACGACGCCUCGUAAUGAGAAGGACCGCGUUGAAAUCCAGUCCGGAACGGAGUUUGGAGUUACACUGGGAACUCCGAUUGGCAUGAUGGUGCGCAACGAGGACCAGAGACCCAAGGACUACGGCAACAGCACCAUGGACCUGUACCCCCGCCCCAGUCACGCCGACUUGACCUACCUCGAAAAGUACGGCGUCAAGGCCAGCAGCGGUGGUGGUCGCAGUAGUGCCCGUGAGACCAUUGGCCGUGUGGCUGCCGGUGCCAUCGCCGAAAAGUACCUGCGCCUCUCGCACGGCGUUGAGAUUGUCGCCUUCGUCUCCUCCGUUGGCAACGAGCACCUGUUCCCCCCUACUCCCGAGCACCCCACUGCCUCCACCAACCCCGAAUACCUCAACCUCCUCAAGACCAUCACCCGUACCACCGUCGACGAGUUCGCGCCCACCCGCUGCCCCAACGCCGAUGCCGCCGCGCGCAUGACCAAGGUGAUCGAGCAGUUCCGCGACAACCACGACAGCAUCGGCGGUACCGUCACCUGCGUGAUCCGUAACGUCCCCGUCGGUCUGGGUGAGCCCUGCUUCGACAAGCUCGAGGCCAAGCUCGCCCACGCCAUGCUCAGCAUCCCCGCCACCAAGGGCUUCGAGAUCGGCUCCGGCUUCGGAGGCUGCGAGGUCCCCGGCUCCAUCCACAACGACCCCUUCAUCGUCUCCGAUGUCCCUACCCAACUCGGCACCAACACCACCACGAAGCAGCGCCUUACCACCAAGACCAACAACUCCGGUGGUAUCCAGGGCGGUAUCUCCAACGGCGCCGACAUCUACUUCCGCAUUGCCUUCAAGCCCCCGGCCACCAUCGGCCAGGCCCAGAACACCGCCACCUACGACUUCGGCGAGGGUAUCCUCGAAGCCAAGGGCCGUCACGACCCCUGCGUCACUCCCCGCGCCGUCCCCAUUGUCGAGGCCAUGUCCGCGCUGGUCGUCAUGGACGCCCUGAUGGCUCAGUACUCCCGCGAGAGCGCCAAGUCUCUCCUGCCCCCGUUGCCCAAGACCCUGCCCACGCGUCCCACUCUGGGUACCAACGGCCACAGCGCUUAA